GGUAGACAUGCGUUGUGGCUCAUUGGCUUUAUUGAUCAAAUUUAAAUACUUAAAAAUACUUGUGUUUUCUUUCGUUUUGUGAACAGUGGGGUUUCUUAGACUGCAGUUACUAGACUUUUUGCUGAUGUUUAUGCUUGAUACAUGGUCAGGUAGUUUAGUAUCUCCUCUGCUUAAGCAGCAUGCAUGUGAGAAAUGUACUCGGAAGUUCGUCUUUCAUUGCGAAACUAUAUAUAUUUUCAUUGCCUAUGCUCUCACUUUUUGAUCAUGUUGGUUUAUCGAAUAUAUAGAUAUUAUCGCGAGAUAAUAUAUUAGUCUUAAUGUGCAGUUGGUUUGUAGCCUAUCCUACUGUACAGAAAGAUUACAUUUGGGUUAUAUAGUUAAUCAAAGUAAUCUUUCCGGGUAGUAUGAAUUUAAUAUUCUCAAAAAGUAUUUAUCUGUAAUAGUCGUUAAAUAUCAGUAAACGAAUAGCAAGAAGUGUAGCGCAACAGGGCGAGCCAGUCUGGUUAGAUCACUGCGUACUACUUUCCAGCUUUGCGCACUGUUUUCCUCUCUUGUGGUGCUUUCAUUUCGCUGGUAGAUUUCGACUGCUAAACUGUCGAAAACGUUAACUAUCGGUAGUGAGUCAAAAACAAGUCUAACAAAAUGUUGACGCAGAUGUACAUUCUUGAUCUGUUUUCAUGGAAUGUUAUUAUCGAUAACUGCCUAUUAAUUUUGUACUAAACUUAUAGGGAGCUUCAGUGCAAUGUGUAGGCCUAUGUGCACAUGCAUUUGAAACUCCUAAAAUCCUACACCCUAUUGUACGCAUAGGUCUACUUUGCCAUAUUCACAUUUUUUUGGAGUACUCUUUUCAAGGUAAAAAUAAAUUGGGUCUAACCAGUGUGAAAUGUCAUGGGUUAAACAAGGUGGCUUUCCACUUCUAGACCUAUCGAAAAGCAGGAAGCCUAUUUAGAAGCAACCUAAUCCGUGCGCACCCAAGACGGAAUGUACUCAAUGCGAGACACGUUCCAAGCGCGAAACUCGGGCUCCUCUUGAGGUGCCGUCUGUAUUCGUGGGCUUGGAUAUAUGCCAAAAGCAAAUCGGUCAUAACUGAAUAUGAUUGGUUACAUACACGUGUUUAGCAGAUGUUAUUACGGGCUAUUAACGGAUGAAAUUGGUUUUAAACGUGUGCUUUUCUCAAACUGUUUCUAAGUAAUGUAGCCUAUAGUAAAACAUUUGUAGUAGAGUAAAACUUACAAUUUCUUAAAGUACAAAUGUUUUAUUUUUAAGCUUAUUGUUUUUGGUAGGUCUAACAGCAAUAUGUAACCUGCAAUGUGCACAAACAAAUAGCCUAACUUGUUCACUGUAGCCUGUACAAGUCUACUUUCCCACUGGCCACAACAAUCAUGGCUUGUCACUAUGUUAUGAACACCAGUUCAAUGCCUCUAAGAUGCAGUCUAUACCCUAUAGUUGACAUGAUUCUGACACCAUGGCCUCAUUGGCAGAUGGCUGCAUUCAAUUCACCCGCCAUGCCGGUGAUGUUCUGCUCAACUUCAACCGCCUCCGCAGCAGAAAUAUCCUGACGGACGUCACUAUCCAGAUUGACGGUCAGCACUUCUGCGCUCACAAGACGGUCCUCGUGGCUUGCAGUGGACUUUUUUACUCCAUAUUCACGGACCCCCUGAAGAGUAACCUGAGUGCCAUCAGCUUGGACCCUGAAGUUGACCCUGAUGGUUUUGCCAUCCUGCUGGACUUCAUGUACACCUCCACCCUGACCCUGAAGGACAGCUUCGUUCUGGUUACCAUGAACACAGCCUCUUACCUCCAGAUGGAACAUGUGGUGGACACCUGUCGCAGGUUCAUCAAGUCCAGAGAGCAGUCUGUGAGUCUGCAGAGAGAGGAGGUACUGGCCAGCCCGAUGCAUCUCUCUCAGGACCUCCCUGCUUUCAGGGUUCUGGAUAGGGUGGCGACCAGCCCCAGUCACACAUCCAUAUCUCCCCUCAGAGACUGGAGGAGCUACUGCCCCAGUGUAUUCAGUGGUAUCAAUGCUUCAGGUAGCUCCCACCACGUCCACGGAAAACACAUCCCCAUCAGAAAAAUGUCAGAUGCCUGCAAUGUCAGUGACAUUCCCAAAGGGGGCGCCAUCUUUCAGAAACUCUGCUCUACCUUGAAUCGCACAGAGACCACCAUCAUACACCACCCUUUGUCAUCCGACUCCUCAUCCUCCUCAGUUACGACCAUCUGCCCUCUCCCCUGCUCCAGCCGUCAGACGGAGCCACUUGGGAGCCUCCAGGGGCCUGAACACAGAGGGGCCUCCCCCAUGGAGGAGGACAGGAACAAGCACCCACAGCCCAGCUCCCUCAGCCUGUCCCCAGGCUGCACCAAAGGGGUGAUCUGCAGUCCUCAGAGCCCUCUUCGUUCUGACUGCCAACCCAACUCCCCCACUGAGUCCAGUGGAUGCAGCAGGAACGCAGUCCCGGCCCUGACCCAGCCAUCCGGCUGCUCCCAGGAGCCCAAGGCCCGCAACUGGAAGAAGUACAAGUUUAUCGUUAUGAACCAGACCUCUGGGGAGAAGGAGGAUGAGUCCCAUGUAGGAAGUGUUGAGGCUGGGGACUGCUCUCCACCGCAGGGCCGCUACAGGACCAGUGGAUCAGAGGGAUCCGUUGAAGAACUCCAGACUGGAGAGAUGGUCAACGAGCAUUGGGAAGAGGUCCUUGUGUCACAGGCCAGCCAUCGCAGCGUUAGGCAGCAGAGAUGCUCCUCCUGUGGUACGGAUGCCCCUCAGCACCUGGAGGUGUGUUCCCACUCCCCUGGGUCCUACACGGGGGAGGACACCAAUGAGCUGCACUCUGAGUACUCCGACUCAAGCGGUGAGAAUGGUUCCUACUUCUGCAACGAGUGCGACGCAAAGUUUGCGGAAGCGGACUCCCUGAAAGGACACAUGCUCCAGGUCCAUGCUGAUAAGCCAUACAAGUGUGACCGAUGCCAGGCUGCCUUCCGUUACAAAGGGAACCUUGCCAGCCACAAGACUGUCCACACUGGAGAGAAACCAUACCGCUGUAACAUCUGCGGCGCUCAGUUCAACCGGCCGGCCAACCUCAAGACCCACACCCGCAUCCACUCGGGAGAGAAGCCGUACAAGUGUGAAACGUGUGGCUCUUGCUUCGUACAGGUAGCUCACCUCCGGGCCCAUGUGCUGAUCCACACAGGGGAGAAGCCUUAUCCCUGUGAGAUCUGUGGCACGCACUUCCGCCACCUUCAGACCCUCAAGAGCCACUUACGGAUCCACACAGGAGAAAAGCCAUACCACUGCGAGAAAUGUGACCUUCACUUUCGCCACAAGAGCCAGUUGAGGCUGCAUCUCCGUCAGAAGCACGGCGCGGUCACCAACACUAAGGCUCAGUACCGCCAGGCGAACAAGGACAUGCUCAUUGGCUUGGCCAAGGCCUGCUAAAUGGACACUGGGACGAUGGAGUGUGAUUUGCUGGCAAUUUUUACGUUGUUUUAGGAACACGUUGUCAUAGUACCACGCUGUCAGUGAUUGUUGUGUUUGUUGGCACUGGCAGACAGGUUUCCUCCAAAUGUGAAUAUUUUCAUAUCGUUUAUAGCCCUUUUACUCUGUUUGUAUAUAAAUCUAAUAUGUACGGUGUAUAAAUGUGUUUUAAGAUCUUGUGAAAUGUCCUGUAUUGGAAUAUACAUUUUGAAUUAGAAUUUUGUAAUAUGAAUUCUUAUCGGGUAAUAAUGUUUUCUUAAUGUUUUCGGUUAAGUACAACUUUUUUCCUGAAUGUUUUCGGUUGAACAACAGUCGUCUUCUAGAAAACUGUACGACAAACUUUCAUUCAUAUUGAGAAACAUUGUUAUAGUGGUACAGUUCUGUUAUAGAUAGUAUAUGGGGGCAUGUUCAGCUGGACAAUAGAUAAUAUAUUACCCAGUUCUUUGUAGUUUCUUAUCUUAAUAUUGUGAAUAUAUAAUGUACUACCUACCCAGAUUUCCCUCUGCUGGCAGAGUAUAUGUCUGCAUUACUAAGGUACAGACGUUUUUUAUGUCUUUCUACCUAGUGAAAGAUUGUCAUUGAAUCUGUCGUUUGGUCAAAAUAAUAUAUUAUCCGACACGGAUACAUAGACAUGCAAUACGCAAUGUAUUCAAGGUGCUUUACACUGAGUUGUCAGAUUUUCUGUUCAUUAGCACAAUGUCCCACGUCAGCACUUUGUACUGUAUUUGUUUUGUCUGCUUUUUGUCUCAAGCCCACAAGCUGUAAGUACACCAGGUCUCAAGCUACAAGUCCUCAGGAAUGUUAUCAACAUUUGUCUUUGUAAACUGCAGAGCUUUAUGUGAAAUAUAAUUAAAGGAAUGUAUUAUGAAAACA